AUGCAAUAUGCUCCAUCUAUCGCAGACAGCCAUUACACCGAUGUCUCUCUCCCUCCAUCACCGCCUCUUCGCAUGUCCAAAUCAACCUUGUUCGAAGUACUCCACCGUAUCGGGCACACCUUCUCCCAUGUGCAGUACGCCGUCUGCGGCACGGCCGCCAUGGUGGCCUUUGGCUGUGACAGACGCAAGCCAACGCACGUCAGCAUCGUCUGCCCAUCCCACACUACAGACGUGCUGGCUUCAUGGGCCGUGGCCGGCGGCAUGAUGUUAUACCCAUCCAAGCCCAACGAGAUUGGCGUCCCCGUCGAUGGAGACACGUGGACGAUCCAGGUGAAGUACCUCGAGACAGACGACAAUCACAGGUUUGAACGGCUGGACGCUUGUCACUUCAACUUUGGGUGUGAUGAUGUUACCACGGCCGUCUUGACCCCGGCAGCUCAACUCGAACAGAUUGCACAAGUGUACAUCAACCCGCGGUACAACCAGAGCUGGCGGUACAAGGAGAGGUUAGGAGGCGAUGCCAUCUGGCUAUUGGAGCAGAUGUGUAAGGAGGACGUCAACAAGUUUGGUAUGAAUUUGAGGAAUGCGAACAUCCCGACAAUUAGGGACCAGAGGUUUUGGCUUGUCUUCACGACGGCGCAUCCCGAGGCUGUGGGAUUGUUUUACGAUGCUGGGUUGAGGGGUGAAGAGGAACAGGUGAGUCUCAGCGAAUGGGGCAACCGAAAGGAGUAUGAGCAUCAGCAUGAGCAAGACCAUGCACAUACGCAAGAGUAUGAACAAGGCCAUGCGCACACGCAGGAGUACGAGCAGUAUGAGCAGGAGUACGCGCACGAGUAUGAGCAGGAGUAUGAGCGGGAGAUUGAGCAAGAGUAUGAUCAGGAUCAGGGCCCUGAGCAGGAGCAGAGCAACCCCGACGCAGAGAUGAGAGCGGGCGUUCGAGACGCAGAUCAUCUCGGGUCCGUUCCCGCUCCCGCACUCGCACCGACCAGGGACCUCGCCGCCGGCGACGACCUUCUGAAUAUGGACCGAUCUUGA